AUGGGUGAUAGUGCUACCCCCGAAGCCCCUUCCAACCCUCCUCCGGUUGAACCUUCCCGUGAGGAAGGUCGGGAGCUGAAGUUGCUUCACUUCAUCUAUGACCAACCGAACCGUGACGAGAUCCAGGGCAACCCUGCCAAGAUCCUGGAUCUGAUCGAAGAGUUCGGGAAAACGUACCACUUCAUGAACAUUGGUCGGGCCAAGGGCAAGUUCAUCGUCGACAUCAUCGAGGAAAAGAAGCCCGAAGUGAUGAUCGAGCUUGGUGGUUAUGUUGGUUAUUCGGCCAUUCUGUUCGGAGAUGCCGUGCGCCGGGCCGGCGGACGACACUACUAUAGUCUAGAGCUGAACCCCGAAUUCGCGGCCAUCGCGAACAUGCUGCUUGAACUGGCGGGCUUGCGCGAUUUUGUUACGAUCCUCGUUGGCCGAAGUGAUUUGUGUCUCGACAAGCUUUUCUCGAGCGGCAAAGUCAAGCAGGUGGAAGUGAUGCUGAUCGACCACUAUAAGCCCGCAUAUCUCGCCGAUUUGAAGCUCUGCGAGCAGCUCGGCAAGAUCGUGCCCGGGGUUUCAGUUGUGGUGGCGGACAACGUGCUCUACCCCGGCAACCCGCCGUAUUUGGAGUAUGUCCGCAGCACAGUGGAGCAGAAGCGUGAAGCGGCCAAGAAGGGACCGGUCCAGGCGUAUGAUACAACCGGCCUGCCACAGAAAUCAUACAGGUCAUUCAUGGGUGCGGAUGCGACUCCCAGAUUUGAGCUGACCGGCAACCCGAACCUGGUGUAUGAGAGCAAAUUGGUCAAACCCGAGACCACACGAGACGCGAUCGAAGUGAGCCGAUGUGUGGGAAUCCAAGAAUGA